CUUCAGAUGCAGAUUCCCACAGUUUUCUGCCGCUUCCGUCUCCCGCUCACGCUAUCGAUCCUCAAUAGGCGAUUCGUCGAAAUUUCUUCGAUCAAUCGGAAGUCUUCGGUCGGGCUUAGAAGUGUGAGACUCUCCGUGCGGCUGAUUUUCAAGAGAAAAAUCACAGCAGAGAAUGAGAUGGAGACAGAAAUGGGAAGAAGGAGAAGAAGAAAAAAAUAAUCGAAUCAAAGAAGGAGAAGUAGAAAAGAAAUCGAAGCAUACAUUACCGGAAUUUUUUUCUUCUGAAUGAGAGAAGAGUGAGGGACGAAACGAAGGAAAGAAGAAAUGAGGGAAGCUGAUGAAACCCUGGAUGAUGCCGCAGAGAAGGGAAGGGUCGGCGUUUUCUCCCUCUGGUUUCCCAGUUCACUCUGUAGAGUGCGGAGAAAGCCUUCACAGCCGCCCAUUUCCAACUCCUUGGCUCUCCUCCGACCAGAUAAAUGGGCUUGUGGACACUGCUAGAGGGCUGUCUGCUACUUGCCAAUGCUCUAGCGAUUCUAAACGAAGAUCGUUUUCUUGCUCCUCGAGGGUGGAGCUUCUCAGACUUCUCAGGAGGAAGAACAAAGUCAUUCAAAGGGCAGCUUAUAGGGCUCACCUAUGCAACGCAAUACUUGAGAGUUCCUCUCAUAAUGCUCAAUUCCAUCUGCAUCUUUUUGAAAUUGGUAUCGGGAUGACGAGAACAGUCGGGGCAAGGUUUGCACUUCAAUUCUGAGGAAGUUUUUCUGGUGCAUUGUUCUUGAUUAAGCAGGACCUUUGUUGAUCUAAAUGUAACAAAAGGAUACAUGAGAUAACUAUAACCACAUUUGAAGUUAGAAUCAGGCAUUUUCCAAAGCGGCUUUUGUUGAUGUGCUACUGUUUUUCCCCCAUUGGAGUGAUUGUUGUUCAUGAGUUCA